AGCAAGCCAGUGUCCAGGAAUUCAGGAGUGGACGAUGAAGAGAAAGGCCAGACCGCAACGUGGAGUGGAAAGCUCCAGAAGUUUUCCCAGUUGCACAGCCAUGAGGUGCACGCAGUGGGCUCUUCUGCUCUGCUCUCUGGGCUGUGGCAUCCUGCCUAGAGCCAGGGCCCAGUUUCCCCGGGUCUGCAUGACCUUGAGCAGCAUUUUGAACAAGGAGUGCUGCCCGCCUUUGGGCACUGAUCCUGCCAACAUCUGUGGCUCUCAAGAGGGCCGGGGCCAGUGCAUGGAGGUCAAAGCAGACACCAGACCCUGGAGUGGCCCUUACAUCCUGCGAAACCAGGAUGACCGCGAGCAGUGGCCAAGGAAGUUCUUCAAUCGGACGUGCAGGUGCACAGGCAACUUUGCUGGCUAUAAUUGUGGGGGCUGCAAAUUCGGCUGGACUGGCCUCAGCUGUGAUCGAAGGAAGACACCUGCUAUCCGGAGGAAUAUCCAUUCGCUGACUGCUCAGGAGAGGGAGCAGUUCUUGGACGCCUUAGACCUUGCAAAGAAGAGCAUCCACCCCGACUAUGUGAUCACCACACAGCACUGGCUGGGCCUCCUCGGACCCAAUGGAACACAGCCACAGAUCGCCAACUGUAGCAUCUAUGACUUUUUCGUGUGGCUUCAUUAUUAUUCUGUCAGAGAUACGUUACUAGGCCCAGGACGACCCUAUAAGGCCAUUGACUUCUCACACCAAGGGCCUGCCUUUGUCACCUGGCACCGGUACCAUUUGUUGUGGUUGGAAAGAGAUUUGCAGCGACUCACUGGCAACGAGUCCUUUGCUUUGCCCUACUGGAACUUUGCCACUGGCAAGAAUGAGUGCGAUGUGUGCACAGACCAGCUGCUUGGGGCAGCAAGACAAGAUGACCCGACUCUAAUCAGUCAGAACUCGAGGUUCUCUAGCUGGGAGAUUGUGUGCGACAGCUUGGAUGACUACAACCGCCGAGUCACCCUGUGUAACGGAACCUAUGAAGGUCUGCUGAGACGGAACCGAGUGGGAAGAGAAAGUGAGAAAUUGCCAACUUUAAAAAAUGUGCAAGACUGCCUGUCCCUCCAGAAGUUUGACAAUCCUCCUUUCUUCCAGAACUCUACCUUCAGCUUCAGGAAUGCCCUGGAAGGCUUUGACAAAGCAGACGGGACACUGGACUCUCGAGUUACAAGCCUUCACAAUUUGGUUCACUCCUUCCUGAACGGGACAAAUGCCUUGCCACAUUCAGCUGCCAACGAUCCCGUCUUUGUGGUCCUCCAUUCCUUCACCGACGCCAUCUUCGAUGAGUGGCUAAAAAGAAACAAUCCUCCUACAGAUGCCUGGCCUCAGGAGCUGGCCCCCAUUGGGCAUAAUCGGUUGUAUAACAUGGUUCCCUUCUUCCCACCGGUGACUAAUGAAGAGCUCUUCUUAACUGCAGACCAUCUUGGCUACAGUUAUGCCAUUGACCUGUCAGUUGCAGAUACUCCACAUUGGACCACAACACUCUCAGUGGUUACUGGAACACUGGUGGCCUUGGUUGGUCUUUUGGGGACACUUGCUUUCCUCCAAUACAGAAGGCUUCGCAAAGGAUAUGCACCACUAAUGGAGACACAUUUAAGCCACAAGAGAUAUAUGGAGGAAGCUUAGCGCACUCUUGCCUUACCCUAGAAGAAUGGCUAACCAAGCCUUGGUUCUGACCUGGGCAGUCAUUCAAUUAAUUUUCAUUGUUCUUCCUUUAGGUGAAAAUCUUUGGCCUGUGUUCUCUUGUGACGGUGAUCCCUAGCACAGAGGAUGUGUGCUUAGUUAGAGUUUCUGGUUGGCUUGUUUGUUUAAUGAACUUGUGAAGUUGAUGGGGGUCUGUCUGUACUGUGGAAGUAAGAUGGACUUGACAAUCUGUGGUAUUUGAUAAAGAUUCCUCCUGUUAACCUCUUCCUUUUCUAAAACACACACACACACACACACACACACACACACACACACACACACCACCCCAGACAAGAAAAACAGAGAAAUCAGAGUGGAUUCAUGUACAUUUGCAACUCAGUGUAAUCUGACACCUAGAUAAGACCAUGAUCAAGUCUUCCUUUGUAAUGGGAUGUAGGUGGGGGGAAUGUAUCAAUCAGCUUUUCACUGCUGCAUUGAAAUACCUAAGAGUGGCCAACUUUACAAAGAGAAGAAGAGUUUUGCUCAUUGUCUUCCAUGUGGAGGACUGGAGGCUACAUCUUAACGAUGGUUUUCUUGUUGACAGAACCCUGCGGAGGAUUUCUGACAUACCAGGAGUCAGGAAAAGCCUGUGCAGGCGUGGGUCGGCUCUCUUUCCCUGGUCUUCUUCUAAAUUCAUGAGGACUCAAUCAGCGGGCCCUCUAUCCUGAUGACCCUAUCUAAUCCUAAUUACUUCCUAACGGCUAGAACCAAAGUUCAAUUAGGUUUUUACCCCUAGGAAUAUCUCAUCAUGGGGAUUAAAUUUAAACCAAUGAAGCCUUGUUGGGGGCAGGGGGACAGCACAUUCAGACCACGUACAGGCUGUGGCAGGGUCUGACUCUUGAAGAAGACUCCCUUUUAGCUAAAAAGUGCUAUAGGUGACCUCCUCCUCCUUGACUUGAGCUGCUGCUCUUUAGCCUUGUACUUCUCAUACUGUCUUCUCUAGCCUUUAUGAUGAAAACAAGAUGUACUUCCCAUGGAGGAUGGAGGGUGAAAAGAUGAAGGCUCAACUCGGUUCUGUCUUAUGAACUGAACUUGACACAGUUUAUUUAAAAAUUGAAGUUCCUGACAGAAGGACCAUUAUAAAAACCCAGUAACGGGAUAAACAUGGACCCUACAGUGAUAAGCAGAUGCAGGCAUAAAAUUCUAGAACUUUCUCACUAAUCCGCAAUUCUAAGCCUAUUGACAACUAUGGAACCCUUUUAUGGAAGGCUGACUGGGCUGAGGCUGGAGAUGCUAUAAUCUUGAACAUGAAACCAUUCCAUUAGAAUCCCAUUACUCUGAGGUCUCGUUGCCUUGAUACUGAACGAACUCUUUUUCUAGGUAGCUUCAUUCUGUAUACUUCACUUGAAUUUGUGUUAAAAGUUAGCUCUA